UCCUCCUCCAUGGAGAAAACAAUUCCAAAAGAGAAGUCACCCUUUUCCUUUGAUGGCUUCUCAAACUUGAUCUCUUCUCAUUUCCAAUCCUUUCCUUCUCUUCUCGAAGGCGGAGCUCUUUAUCUACCCAUACAUAAUCAGAAUGGCACGUCAAGAGCAACAACCAAUCAUCAUCCAGAAACUCACUGCCAAUCCUCAGCUGAUCAAUGCCAAAGCUUUACAAGAUCAGCCAUUCUUUCACAACCAUUCACAAUAUACUAGGCGCAUUCUUGAUGAGUAUUAUGUCAAUAGGGGUUCACAGUUUCUUUCAAUGAAUUCAUAUAGAGGAAUUGGUGAUACGUCGAUGAUUUCUUCGGCCUCGCCUGUGGUUGCCAAUGCACCUGCGGAGAAAGGGGUUUCGGGUUUCGCCGUAGAUUUUCUUAUGGGUGGAGUAUCUGCUGGUAUUUCCAAAAGUGUUGCCGCGCCUAUUGAGCGUGUGAAGCUUUUAAUUCAGAAUCAAGACGAAAUGAUUAAGAAUGGCCGUCUUUCUAAGCCUUAUAAGGGAAUUACUGAUUGUUUUGCUCGCACGAUCAAAGAUGAAGGAUUUAUUUCGUUGUGGAGAGGAAAUACUGCAAAUGUUAUUCGAUACUUCCCGACUCAGGCAUUGAAUUUCGCAUUUAAAGACUACUACAAGAAGUUGUUCAACUUCAAAAAAGACAGAGAUGGGUACUGGAAAUGGUUUGCAGGCAAUAUGGCUUCCGGCGCUGCAGCAGGAGCUACUUCUCAAACUUUUGUCUACUCACUUGACUAUGCCCGGACUCGUCUUGCAAAUGAUGCAAAAUCAAGCAAAGGUGCAGGCGAAAGACAAUUCAAUGGUCUCAUUGAUGUGUACCGUAAAACUCUGCGGUCAGAUGGCAUUGCCGGUCUCUACCGUGGAUUCACCAUGUCAAUUGUCGGAAUCAUCGUUUAUCGGGGCCUUUAUUUCGGACUGUAUGACUCUUUGAAGCCAAUACUAUUAACCGGAAACUUACAGGAUAGCUUUGCGGCUAGCUUUGCGCUUGGUUGGGUCAUAACAAGCGGUGCUAGUGUUGCAUCGUACCCUAUGGACACGGUUCGCCGGAGAAUGAUGAUGACCUCCGGAGAGGCUGUCAAGUAUAAAAGUUCAAUGGAUGCAUUCUCGCAAAUCUUGAAGAAAGAGGGAGCGAAAUCCCUGUUCAAGGGUGCCGGUGCUAAUAUCCUUCGUGCCAUUGCCGGUGCUGGAGCGCUCUCAGGCUAUGAUAAACUGCAGCUCAUCAUCUUUGGGAAGCAAUAAUGUUCUGGUGAUGCCUAAUGAUGACGAAAAAACUGCCUUCAAUUAAAUCUAGGUCUCUAAUGCUUAUUAGUUAAUUAUCAGGAUAUGGCCUUAGGUUUGCAUAUGACGUUAUUUAUUGUUAUGUAUGCUUUUAGACUUGUGAUUUAAUAGUAUUGCAAAAUUCAUAA